GGAUGUGGAUCGUUUCGUUUCGUUUCGUCUUCGUCUCUGGUUUUUCGGCUACCCACCGAAAUACAAUUUUUGUUGUUUGCUGUAUCGCUAUUCGGCUUUCAUUGAUCGUCGCGUCGCAGCAUCCAAUCCACCAAUAUCGUGCACCUGUGUGAGGUGUGUGUUUCUGUGGCACGUGUGUGAGUGUGCGACUCUUUUUUUGUGUGUGUGCGUUAGAGUGAAAUGGAAUUUGUUGAAUGUUAAUUGCACGCAGCAGGCUGCCGGCAAACACCAGCAACAGCAAUAGCAACAUCAGCAUCAACAGCAUCCACAGCAGAAGCAGCAACCGCAGGAGAAAAUCGUUGAUAAAUAGACAAUAACAUAAAACAAAGGCCAGAGACGCCGCUUCAAUUAGCUUUGUCAAUGAACCAGUGACAUCCUCGUCAUCAUCAUUAGAGAGCACAUUACUGCACCAGAUAUGACGGAGACAAGCAGCCACCAGAUGAACGGAGGAGCAGGAGCAGGAACAGCAGUGCUGGGAGGUGAUUUCAAUGGCCGUCACUCGGCCUCGCCGGCCCGCACCAUAGACUCGCACGACUCGACCACUGGCAGCAUGGACACCAUCGUGGACCGCAGCCUGAACCGGGAGGAGCUGCUGCAGGUGGCCACCUGCACCAUCGAACAGAGCACCAACACCACCAAUAUGGGCCCAGGCGGCAGCCUGACCAACUCACAGAUUGGGAUCCUGCAGCGAGACCAGCGUCAACAGGAACAGCAGCAGCAGGAGCACGAGGAGGAGGAGAUGCAGCUGCAGGAGCAGGCACGCCAGGAUGCCCAGAGUCACAUCUAUUCGAGUCCCGUCUACGACCAGAAGCCACCGCCACUGAAGCUGACGGCGGCCUCCCUGCUCGCCGCUGCUAUGGACCUGGACGAGGCCAAGGCCAAGGGCAAGACCAGCAGCCAGACCCUGGACGAGACCACCAAACCAAAGCUCAUCUCGCACCAGGAGUUUAAGCAACAGCUGGAGGAGGCCAUGGCUACGCGCCAUCCGGGUCAGGCGGGGACUCUGAACGCGAAGAGCGCUGCCAACAACACCAUCGACUCGCGUAUCAGCAAGAAGCAGCGCUGCCCCCCGGAGUUCAUCAAGUACAAGGGGGGUUCCGCCGGUAGCGAUGGCGGCAGCGCAGAUGGAGCCAGCUCCACUCUCUCGGCGAAGGCGCGCCGCAAGCGACGGGCCAGCAACGAGUGCUGCUCGGCGUUCCCGCUCCAGAUCGUGCUCGGAACGCUGCAGCUCGUCUUGGCCAUCUCUCUGGUGGCGCUCGGCUCGCUGCUGAUCGUGCGCGAGUCGGCCUUGUCGAUGGCUGGCUGCGGCGUCUGGACGGGCCUGAUCGCGGCCGUCACCGGAUCCCUGGGCGUGGUCAGCAUGCGCAAGACGCAAACGGCCUUCCUGGCCCUUAGCCUGGUCUGCAUUGCCAGCAGCACGCUGGCGCUGGCCAUUUCAGGCGUGGGCCUUUCGCGUGACCUCAACCGCAUGGCCGAGCAGAAGGGGGAGCAGUUUGACCUGAUGAGUGCCAACAGUGAAGUUUCCGCUGCCUGUGGCUUGAUAUUCACCUUGUUUUUGCACUUUGUGGUCAGCAUUGUGUCAGUCUAUCGCUGUGCGCUGCAGAUUUGCACCAAAUCGGAGCACAGUGAGCUACGUGACGUCAUCAUUAAGUCGAAGGCCUCGGGCAUAGCCCUGGAUCAACAGAAGGUGGAUCAGUACAUCAAGGCCAUGUCCCUAAAUGGCAGUGAAAAGGCUAACACCGAGAAGCUGGCGGCCAUGUGGAUGUAUGCCACGCAGAUGGGCAGCCUGCCGCCACCUUCGGUGCGCAAGCUGACGCCUCCCUCCCGUCCUAUAAUGCUGAUCCCCUCCGCCGCAGGAAGUGGACUGGCCCCGCCGCCACCGACACGCCUGCCCCCACCCCCACCUGGCGCCGGAGCAGGGCUGCUCCUUCCAGUGCCUGCACUGCCGCCGCAUUAUAGAGGUAUGACGCUGCCCUACAUGCGACCUGGACCUGGUUCCGUGAUCUACGCUCACCCGGCCAGCCUCAGCGGCACUUACCGCACCCACAAGAGCACCAAGUCAGCCGAGCUGAAUGGUCAGCGCAGACGCCGCCGGGCAGGCAAAUCGGAUGCCAAUCGCCGUCAGCGCCGCAAGUCCGAGGCAGAUGUCCUUGACGGAGCCCCCAACUUUCAGUACACGGGCCUGGAUCGGGCCAUAGCUGAUAGUUUCCUGGCCCGCCAGGAGCAGUCACAGGCCGGCAGUCACAUCGAUUACUCCUCGUCGGCAUCCUCGGAUCUGUACGGGGGUCAGCGUGCCUCCUCCAAGACGAAGAUUGUCUGUCGCGAUGUGAUGAUGUGAGGGGCACCCCGAUCCUCCCCUCCCCCAUCUUUGUACAUAUAUGUGUAGUUUUUUGGUGGUCAGGCCUAGGAGCCUUGGGCACCCAUAAAAGUUUUUGUUUGGAUUUCCUUAACCCUCUCUCUUAAGCACUUAUUCUUAUAUACAUAUGUCGGUAUGUAUGUGUGUAAAGCGAUAAAUAAAGUUAUAUAUAAACCAG